AUGGACGCCGUCUCCAGAUCUGUCGGCGGCUUGCUGGAGGCGAACGUGUUCACCGAGGAAGUGUCCUCGGCUUCUAGCUCGCGUGGCUCCAACCUCACCGCCGAGCGGAAAAGGAGGUCAGGGCUUCGUCGGCGCAGGUACCAGCUGCUGCUAGAGGACCUGGAAGGCAUGGGGGAGGAAGAAUUCAGGGAUUUGUUUCGCAUCAACCGCGCAAUUCUUGACUACAUUGUCAACGGGAUGGCGCACUACAUGCAGCCCUACGUUGACAGAUACUUGAUCACGCACGAGGUGGCAUGCCUUGUGGCUAUCAAAUACCUGGCCAGCGGCAUGUCGUUUCGAGACCUGUCGGCAGUCUUCGGCCUGUCCAAGACGCUGUGCCACACGCUGGUAGAUGCGCUCCUCAUGCACUUCCCGACGGCCUUCAAGCAGCAGUGGGUCCACUUCCCGAGCCGUGACGACCUCGAUGAGAUGGCGGAGGAGUUUCGCGCCAUCAAGGGAGUCCCUGCGGUGGUGGGGGCUAUAGACGGCACACACAUACCCAUGAAGGGGAUGGAGGGGCACAGGCAAGAGUACUACACGCGCAAGUCAUGCUACGCCGUGCAGCUGCAGAUCACAUGCGAUGCUCGCGGCAUCAUUUGGGACUACUUGGCCUAA